AAUAAUAUGUAUGUUAUAAGUAACAAUAGAUAAUAAUCAGCGAUUUUGUAAAACACAUCAUCAACAAAAACGCGACCCGAAUAUUUGUUGAACAGCAUAACGAAACAGUAGCCCGAUUGUCAUGACAUGAGCCGGUACUUUACAUUUUAAUAUAUAAAAAUAUGAAUAUCAUUUGGUGACCGAUGUGAUAUAAAAGUUUCGCAUUACAGAAAGUCAAACAUGAUUGCUGAAAAUACAGAAGAAAAGAAAAUAGUCGGUCUUCUACCUAUGGGAUUAGCUGAGACAAAUGACGAUGGACGAAAUGGUCAAAAAUGUUACUCUAUUAUACAGAAAGUACUUGCAAUAAUAUCUUUAAUUUUAAUAGUGAUUGCAUUCUAUCUAUUGAUAUUAAGGCUACUGCAGAGUGACAAUAAUGUUCAUAAAACAGAACUAAUCGUUCUAUCUGGAUUUCACGAGGAACAAAACGUUUCAAUUUUACAAGACGAAAUAGAAAUUUUGCUUCGUUUGAAGAAUAAAACAUCAAAACUGAAUCCAAGUGAACGGAAAAAAAGAGAAACUGUAUCUUCAACGCAAAUAUAUAAAAGUGGAAAAUUAGAAAGAAACAUUAAAUUUAAAGAUAACGAGAAACAAAAAGCAAAGAAAAUUAUAGCAGAACACGAAUUUCUUUGUAACGAAGAGAAUCACAAAGAAGCUUGCAAGGAACUCGUUAUGAAAUUGAAAUCCCUUACAGAAAAUAAUCUUUCAAAUCAUCGUAUAAAUAAAGAAAAUAUAAGGGACGUAGUUAAAGAUUACCCAAAACUUAGGGUCAAACCUACCGAUGUAUCAAAAAGAGAAACAAAUCCUAUUCAUAUUCCUAAUUUAUUAAGACCUAUAAAAAGUGUACCUAUUGACACUUAUAAUUUUGAUAAUUCUGAACAAAUACACGGAACGCCCCAACAUGCUAUGAUUCAUUCACGCGACGUCCUAAACCCACAAUUAACGGAAACAUGUUUGCUUAAGCGACUCAUGAGACAGAGUUAUCCAAAUUUACACGGUAUCUUUGACGCUCCUCAUCAUGAAUAUCAAUCAUUUGUUCCAUCGUUUCCUAGGCAAUUCUCAUCAGAUUUUAUUUCAUCAUACGUCCAAAAUCGUGCUAUGGAUGCACCAAAACAUAAGCCACAUCCGCAAGAUAUUGAAAUUGCCAUGAAAUUUAUUGCUCCCAAACAUGAAAUAGCUUUUAAGGAUGCACCGCCUAACACUUCUGUCCAUGAAGUUGAAUGUUCGAUGGGUAAGAUAUCCUGUGAAAGCGGUAGCUUCUGUGUUGAUGAAAAGAACUGGUGCGAUGGUAACGUUGACUGCGAUGACGUGAGCGACGAAUCUAGAUGCAGUUGUAAAUCUAGAGUGGAUGAAUCUAGAAUAUGUGACGGAUAUUUCGAUUGUCCAUUUGGUGAAGAUGAAAUGGGUUGUUUUGGCUGCAGCGAAGAUGCGUUUAGUUGUGAAGAUCUUAAUUUUAAUUUAAGCACAUGUUUUUCUAAGGAACAACGCUGCAACAAUAUAGUUGAUUGUCCGAAUAACAAAGACGAAAUUGAUUGUACAAUGUUAGCCCCAAGUUUACACAAGAAACCCCUGUUUGCAAUAUCAAACACAGAUGGGUACUUGCACAGAAAUUAUAAAGGAAAUUGGUACGCUGUUUGUAGCAACCCUUACAUGUGGGCACAUGAUGCAUGUCGUCGGGAAACAGGCCUUAUUAUAAGACCACCAUUUAUUCAAAUCUUACAAAUAGACCCAUUACUUAAAGUGAAUUACAUAAGUACUGCUCCCGGGGGAUUUUUACAUACAAGUAACACAUGUUUGAAUUCUUCUGCCGUAUAUGUCACGUGCCCCGACUUAUUGUGCGGUACCAGAGUUCUUACUGCAACACAGCUGUUAAAAGAGAAUACUGCGAUAGAAAACCAUCUCUUUGGCCGGAACAAAAGAUAUCUUCUCCAAAGGCAACGACAACCUAUGUCGUUUUACGGCGUGCGAAUGAAAAGAAACGUAGGAAAUAAAAGCGUGAGAUCAGAGAUCCCUUUGAAUUAUUUAAGUGACGGUAAAAUAAAUGAAGUAAGGACCAAGAGGGCUCAAGGUAGAGUGGUUGGAGGUAAACCUAGUCAGCCGGCUGCUUGGCCUUGGAUGGUUGCCCUGUACAGAGAUGGAGUGUUUCACUGUGGUGGAGUAAUAAUAAAUCAAAAUUGGGUCAUGUCCGCAGCACAUUGCGUGAAUAAGUUUUGGCAGUAUUAUUAUGAGGUGCAAGUUGGUAUGCUUCGUCGAUUUUCUUUUUCACCCCAAGAACAAAACCAUCGCGUAACUCAUAUAAUUGUCAAUCAUAAUUAUAAUCAAGAGGACAUGAAGAAUGAUCUAUCAUUAUUAAGAGUAAAACCUGGCAUACAAUUUAGUCGCUGGGUGCGUCCAAUAUGCUUACCAAGCCCAGAAGUUGCUGGUGCAGAUUGGAUGUGGGGACCACCAGCUGGAACUAUUUGUACUGCUGUAGGAUGGGGAGCUACGGUAGAACACGGCCCUGAUCCUGAUCAUAUGCGCGAGGUAGAGGUUCCAAUUUGGGACAAAUGUAAACAUCAAGAUGAUUUAGAUGGCAAAGAAAUAUGUGCUGGUCUCGUCGAAGGUGGAAGAGAUACAUGUCAAGGUGACAGUGGAGGACCGUUAUUAUGUAGAAAUCCUUUGAAUACUCAACAGUGGUAUGUAGCAGGUAUUGUUAGCCAUGGAGAUGGUUGUGCAAGAAAAGACGAACCAGGAGUUUAUACAAGAGUUAGCCUCUUUGUGUCUUGGAUAAGAUAUCACAUAUCAUCAAAAACUUUACCGAUGAUACAACCAAAACAGGAAUGUCCGGGCUUUAGGUGUGAUUCUGGUAUUCUAAAAUGUUUGCCAAAAAAACGAAUGUGUGAUAAAAUUAUAGACUGUCUUGAUGGAGAAGAUGAAUACAACUGUGAUGUGGCCAGAUCUUCAGUAAGCAAUACGAUUUCAGAGCCAAUUACAAAAUCAGAAAAUACAUCACUAAAUAAUGAAAGUAUGAGUAUUACUACUUUAAAUAAUGAAAACAAUUCCUUAACUCCUGAAACCAGUAUUGAAUACGUUGCAGAUAGUCAGAAUAUCAUAAACGUAACGGAAUCAACUCCAACAACUUCUUAUAUAACUUUAUCUAACUCAGACGAUCAAUACGUCGAUGAAACUAUAAGUUAUUUACAAAUUAAACCUAAUAGUGCUAAUUCAAGAAAUAUUAUAAGCCCAUUGUCUAUUACACAAUCACUGAAGUCAAGUACAGAAUUUACCAAGCUCGAAGAAGAUUUAAAACAUGCUUCUACUGUUGAAAUAGCACAUGUAGAUUACUCACACGAAGAUGAAAUUGAAACAAAUUUUGACGAAAGUGUUACAAUUGAUCCAAUUAAAACAUCAUCAACAACAAAUGAAGUGAUGGAACAAAAAACAUUAAAUAUUAUAACAUAUCCCUUAGAAUCAAUGUCAUUAGAAAAGAAUAUUAUCAAAGAAAAUAGUAAAAUUAAUUCAGAUUUAAGUCAAACAAUAACGACGGCUUUACCCUCAGAAACGACAAUUUCCAUUACUUUCUAUGGGAAUGAUGAACAAACGACAAACAGACUGGAAGUCGAUGAUUUUCUGAUAGCAAGUACUGAGGGCAACACCAACAAAGAGUCUAUAAAAAAUUACAAAAGUGAUAUAAGUAAUGAAACAGAUCAAAACUCGCAUGAAUUUAUUAUCGAAUUUCUUCCUUAUACGAAUUCGGUCACAGAAAAAUCUGAGGUUUCCGUUAAAAAUAGUACUACUAAUCAGAUGAGUGAUCAGAUAAUUUCUGAAUCAACUAAUGUCGAACAUAAUACGCGCAAUCUUAAACAACUAGACUCUAGAGACGAAGCUGUUAAUAACAUAGUAGAUAUCAUGCUUUCAGAACUUCAGCCUGCAAAAAUUAGAAAGAAACAUCUAACACCAAUAGACUUCCAAUGUAGAAGAAUAUACCAAAUCGUCCCUUACGCAACUCGAUGCGAUCAUAAAGCAGACUGUGAAGACGGCACCGAUGAAUUGGAUUGCACAUGCCUCGAUUAUUUGACAACAUAUGAUAAUAAACUCAUAUGUGAUGGUAAUUAUGAUUGCGCGGACGGUCACGACGAAUCAGAUUGUUAUAGUUGUGAGGAAGAUCAUUUCCUCUGCAAGCGAAGUCAAAUAUGCCUGUCAUCAAAUAAAGUUUGCGAUGGCAAACCACAAUGCCCUUUAGGAGAGGAUGAAUUAGAUUGCUACACUCUUUCAAAUGGAAAAUAUAUUGAUUUUGAUUUGAAUGGUAGACCAGAAGUGACUUUAGAAGGUUAUUUAACGAAAAAACAUGAUGGAAAUUGGCAAAUAGUUUGUGAAGAUGAUGUAUCGAUUCAUGAACAAGAAGAAGCUGCUUCGCAUAUGUGUCGAUAUCUUGGUUUCAGUUCAGCAAAUAGAUUUAUGAUAAAGUACAUAAAUUUGAAAGGUGACUUAGAUAAUUCUAAAGAAAGAAAUAAAAAUAAACGAGACAUCGAUCUUAAAGUUCCGGUUAGUUUCGCAUAUAAAGCAAGUAAUGAUAGCCAAUUCAAUAAUUAUAUUAUAAAAAAUCCUGAAGUUAUAAAAGAAGAAUGUGUGCCCAAUAUUACAAAAACUUGCAUGGCGUUAUAUAUUUAUUGCGAUCAUUCUCUUUAUACAAAUUUUGAAAAGAACCAAGAACUUGGACAAAACCAUGAAACAAACUCCGUUUCUAAUGAUUUAUGGCCGUGGAUAGCUAAAUUAUAUGUAAAUGGAAAAUAUAAAUGUAUGGGUGUUUUGGUAGAUUUAUCUUGGGUUUUGAUGGGUAAUUCCUGUUUGAAGAGUGCUACAUUAAGUCAUCAUUUUAUUUCAGUCUCACUUGGAUCACAUAAAACUCUCGGUUCAAUUAUAGGUCCAUACGAACAAGUAUAUCAAAUGGAUGCAAAGAAAGAUUUAUAUCGCAGUAAGGUUAUUUUAUUACAUUUGAAACAACCAGCAGUAUAUUCGACUAUGGUAAAACCUAUGGUGGUAAUAACUUCGUAUUUUGAAGAUAAUAAAAACUCAGUAUGUGUCGCAGUGGGACAAGAUAAAAAUAACGACACCUUCAAUGUUUUCUUAAAAGAAACCGACGAGUGUGAUUUACAUAACCGAUGUUUCGUUUUACAAAAACCAUCUACUUUAUGUCAUCCAACUAUGAGUUCCCAAUGGGCAGGUAUAAUCUCUUGUCAUACUAAACAAGGAUGGUAUCCAGCAGCCUCAUUUAUAAUAAAUAAAGAAAAUUGUUCGUCAAUUGAUCGAAUUAUAGGAACUGAUAUUGGAAAUUUAAAACACGAAAUUAAAUAUUACGAAGUUUCAGAUUCCGUUGACCAAAAUGAGUUUCACAAUUGUGAAGGAAUAAGGUGUAAGCGUGGGAAGUGUAUAAAAUUACGUAACAUUUGCGAUGGUGUGACCGAUUGUGAAGACGGCGUUGAUGAAUCGAAAGAAUCAUGUAAAAAGAAAUCCGUUAUAUGUGAUAAGGAUCCACAUUUUCGUGGCUGUGAAUGUCCAGUUGGACAACUAAAAUGCCAUAAUGGUCAUUGCAUUUUCAAAGAACUUUUCAAAGACGGUCACGAUGACUGUGGUGAUGGUACCGAUGAACCUGGACAAACGACUUGUUCUGAUUAUUUAAGUCGUGUGAUGCCUUCUAGACUAUGUGAUGGCAUUCUUCACUGCCACGAUAGAAGUGAUGAAGACCCAAUGUAUUGUAAAUGCUUUGCUAAAGAGGCAUAUAAAUGUUCUCAAGUAUCCAACAAUGAAGAUUACUGUGUCGCUUCUGAUAUGGUUUGUGAUGGUAUCAGAGAUUGUCCAAACGGAGAAGAUGAGAGAACUUGUAUAGGCCUUAGAUCACCGGAUGGAACUCCAUACGGAGUUGGCGAAGUAAUCGUCAGAUCACACGGUGUUUGGUAUUCCAAAUGCUUUCCCAAACAAAACCAUACGAGAUCAGAAUUGGAGGAAAUAUGUAAAACUCUUGGAUUUAUAAGUGGCCACGCUAAGCAACUGACAAUGCCCCGAGUUACAACAGAUAAACACAACAAUGUUGUAGUUGAUACGUUUUCAAAUAUAACGCUAAAUUUGAACACUACUAUUACAUUGAGAAAUAGUCAUACGCCUAUUGCCCGCGCGGUUGUCGACGAAAGGGAAGAUUGUUAUCCAGUUUUUAUAGAAUGUCUUUAGAUGUCACUCAUCAGUGUUUAAUAGUAAUUUUAUAAUAUUUAUGUAUUAAGUACUAUAUAUGUUAAUUGUAAAGACAUCAUGCAAAUUUUAGAAAUAUAUUUUUUUACAUGCAA